GGCAGGAGGAUUACUUCCGGGUGGAGGCCCAGGCGGUAUCCGGCGGCCCCUGUCCAUCCUAGGAGGCUGAAGUACAAGGCAUCUGCCCCUGGGAACCGAGGCUAGCGCCGACCGCCUAGGGCUGGGGAACCGAGGGCCGGAGCGAGCAGAGAGGGAGGAAGGAAGCCGGUCUCUGCCGCUCCCUUGAGGCCGCCUGUCCAUCGUGUGGCCUCGGCUGAACCCUACUCGGCCUGGCCCAGCCCAUCCCAGGCUGGUCCCGAGGCCCAGCUCCUGCCUCUCCCAUGGAGCCAGAGGAGGAGGAGGCCGAGACUCGCCGAGGAGCCGCCGCCGCCGCCGCCCGGCUCUAAGCCCCGGAGUCCUGGUUCUCCCUGUCAUAAAGACCAUGGAGAAGAAGUUGAAAGUUCAAUUAGACAUUAGUUCCUGGAUUUUAUCAAGAAGUUAUUGUCAAAGAUCUGCAAAGUGGUUGAAAAUCCUGCAUCUAUUUUAUGCAUGCCUUUGUCUCAAUGCUUUAUGUUCAUCAACAGAUGCCAGUGGGAGUAGGUGCCAUCUGGGGAACACUCAACUUGGGGUCAGCUUGCGGUCUUGGGGAGAAAAUCACCUCAAACUUCUGGAGGGAGCUCAUUCUCUACAAUCAUGUUGGGCUGCCUGCUGCCAGGAUCAUAAUUGCCAUGUCUUUUGGUGGUUGGAAAAUCUGUGCAUGAAGGUGAACUGCAGUGAUCCCCAAAGCUGCCAGGUCUCCAGGACAGACACUUCUCACUCCCUGUUGGUGUAUUUACAUAAAGUACAAACUGCAGAAAAUUUGAAUUUCCUACCUGAAGCAGAUACAGUGCAUCUUCUAGGCCUAGGGUGGAGCAGAACACUACAAAGGACCCGGAGAUCAUCCAGUUAUGGGCCACUUUUAGAGAAAUCAUCCUCUCCUAGGGGCCAGCUGAGUUCCAAAAAGAAACCUCAGCAGAGAGACCUUUCCAGUGAUUUUGGCAAUAGGUCACUUAUAGAAACAGUUACUGAAUUCACUAGUGAGAGGGGGUCAAAUCAAACCAACCAGAAGAAUCAGAAAAUUCCAGAGACUCUUGAGACUGAAUCACACAUCCUUCCAGGCCAAGAUAACAUCUCCUCAGCAGAUAGUACGCUGCAUUCUGAAAUAAACAACUCCAGGGAUCCAGGGAGUCCAAAUCCCAGCUCUGCGGAGGUUCACAAGAAAGUUUCCAACCUGCUGGUACCCCCUGAUCUGGUUACCUCCUCCAGUCCCUUAACCCUGAGCCUGACAGCUACAGGGAAAACAGAGAAUCUCAGUUUGCUGACCAAUACAUCUGUACAGCCUGAAAUCUCAGAGGACUCGAUUCCUACUCCUAGUUCUUUGCCAGGAAGAAUUGGAAUUAAUCACACCACUACCUCUUUACCACCAAUUCAGUCCCAUCAUGAUAACAUCCCUACUCAUCAGACUACCCCUACUUCUUUCCCAACUACUGUGGCAUCAACCCCAGGUAUAAAGGAGUUGAUAGUUUCUGCAGGUGAGAGCGUAGAGAUGACCCUGCCCAAGAAUGAAGUUCAGUUAAAUGCAUAUGUCAUCCCAGCACCACAAGAAGGCAAAAUCUACUCCUACGAAUGGAAGCUGAUUACUCAUCCUACAAACUACAGUGGGGAAAUGGAAGGACAGCAUUCACAGGUCCUCAAGCUCUCCAAGCUCACACCAGGUCUCUAUGAAUUCAAAGUAGUUGUACAUGGCCAGAAUUCCCAUGGAGAGGGAUACGUGAAUGUGACAGUAAAUCCAGAACCCCAUGUUAAUCAGCCUCCUGUUGCUGUUGUGUCACCACAAUUCCAGGAGAUCUCUCUGCCAACCACUUCCACAGUUAUUGAUGGCAACCAAAGCACUGAUGAUGAUAAAAUUGUUCGAUACCACUGGGAAGAACUGAAGGGACCCCUGAGAGAAGAAAAGGUAUCUGAAGACACAGCCAUAUUAAAACUGACCAACCUGGUCCCGGGAAACUAUACCUUCAGGCUGACAGUGGUGGAUUCAUUUGGAGCCAGCAGUUCAACCACCGCCAACCUGACUGUGAACAAAGCAGUGGAUUACCCUCCUGUAGCCAAUGCAGGCCCCAACCAAGUGAUUACCCUUCCUCAGAACUCCAUCACCUUAUACGGGAAUCAGAGCACUGAUGACCAUGGCAUUGCCAGCUAUGAGUGGUCUCUCAGCCCAAACAGCAAAGGGAAAGUUGUGGACAUGCAGGGUGUGAGAACCCCAGCCCUGCAACUUUCUGCAAUGCAAGAAGGAGACUACACCUAUCAGCUCACUGUGACUGAUACAGCAGGACACCAAGCCACCACAGAGGUCAUUGUUAUUGUCCAGCCAGAAAACAACAAGCCACCCCAGGCAGAUGCUGGCCCUGAUAAAGAACUGACCCUUCCUGUUGACAGCACAACUCUGGAUGGUAGCAAAAGCCUGGACGACCAGAAAAUCAUCUCAUAUCUCUGGGAGAAAACACAGGGCCCUGAUGGUGUGCGACUCGAAAAUGCCAACAAUUCCAUAGCAACUGUAACUGGCCUCCAGGUGGGAACCUAUAUAUUCACCCUGACUGUCAAAGAUGAAAGGAACCUGCAAAGUCAAAGCUCCGUCAGUGUCAUUGUCAAAGAAGAAAUGAACAAGCCACCUGUGGCCAAAAUAGUUGGGAAUGUGGUAAUAACUCUGCCCACCAAUACAGCUGAACUAGAUGGAUCCAAGUCCUCUGAUGACAAGGGCAUAGUCACUUACCUCUGGACUAGGGAUGAAGGAAGCCCAGCAGCAGGGGAAAUAUUGAAUCAUUCUGACCAUCACCCCAUUCUAUUCCUCUCCAACUUGGUGGAAGGAACUUACACAUUUCACUUGAGAGUGACUGAUGCAAAGGGUGAGAGUGACACAGAUCGGGCCACUGUGGAUGUGAAGCCUGACCCCAGGAAGAAUAACCUGGUGGAAAUGAUCCUGGACGUCAAUGUCAGCCAGCUGACCGAGAGGCAGAAGGGGAUGUUCAUUCGGCAGAUUGGUGUCCUCCUGGGGGUGCUGGAUUCCGACAUCACCGUGCAGAAGAUCCAGCCCUACACAGAGCAGAGCACAAAGAUGGUGUUUUUUGUGCAGAAUGAGCCUCCACACCAGAUCUUUAAAGGCCAUGAUGUUGCAGCGAUGCUUAAGAGUGAGCUGAGGAAGCAGCAGACAGACUUCCUGAUCUUUCGAGCUCUGGAAAUCAAUACAGUCACAUGUCAGCUGAACUGCUCUGAUCAUGGCCGCUGUGACUCUUUCACCAAGCGCUGCAUCUGUGACCCUUUCUGGAUGGAGAACUUCAUUAAAGUGCAACUGAAAGAUGGAGAGAGCAACUGUGAAUGGAGCGUCCUCUAUGUCAUCAUUGCCUCGUUUGUCAUUAUUGUUGCAUUGGGGAUCCUGUCCUGGACUGUGGUCUGCUGCUGUAAGAGGAGAAAAGGGAAACCCAAGAGGAAAAGCAAGUACAAGAUCUUGGAUGCCACAGAUCAGGAAAGUCUGGAGCUAAAACCAAACCCCAGAGCAGUCCAGGGUGCUCUGGCCCAAAGGAGAACCCCAGACCAGUGCUUGCUCCGUAAGAAGAGGGAGUUCGUACUCUGGAUUGGCAGUGUCAUAAAAGCUUCGGAGCAAAACUGGGACUUGCACGGGACCUUGAAGCAUAGAAGGAAGAGAAUGCAGCCCUUCAAGGGAAGAAACGUCAUAAAUCAGAGCGCAGAGAGAAGGAAUCAGGCCUUGUGGAGAAAGAGAGAGGGAAGGAGAGUUAGAGGGAUGGCCCAAGCAAUAGAAGGACCGCCCGAGGCAGGCUGAGAAAGACUUUGAAUUUUCUCCAAAUGGGAGUCCUCAGAGGUUUCCAAGCAGGUGAGUAGCAAUUGGAAAGAAGAGUGAUUAGAAGCAAUGCAGUACAUAAAGUAUUGAUACAGAAAGCAUCAGUAUCAUAAUGAGGACCUGGACUUGAGUGGAGGGGCUGUAGGACUAGGAAGAAAGGAAGAAAUAUGGGGGCGAGAGAGAUGAGGCUUGGAACCUGGAUGACUGGACUCCUAACAGAGAGAAGUCAUUGUGGAUUAAGUCACAAUUACAAAAUUGGUUUUUUUCCUACUGAUUUUCCCUACAACAGGAUGUACCAAUGAGAGAAUCAGCCCAGUGCAGGGAGAGAACUCUGCCUUUGAAGCUAGAAACACCAGGGCCCAAAUCCCCGUGUUGCUGCUCCUCAACUUUUCCAGCUGCAGCCUGCGGCCACAUGCAAAUUCUGGGCCCAUGUGACGGCAGCUCGGGACAGAACUCAGUGCUGGAGGUGCUCAGCUCAGCUCGUUUUGAAAACAUCCACUGUGUGUAAGGCCCCACAGCAGAAAUGGGGGUGCAAAGGAAAAAGUCUAUUUCAAGCCGCUUACAUUCUCUUGGCAAUACGGCAUUUCUUCAACAAGCAUUAAUUUCAGGAGGAAGAAAAGAGCAACCAUUUGUGGAAUUGAGGAAGGUCAGGACCUGAGCUGAGCAUUGAAGGAAGUUCAGGCAGAGAUGAAAUAGAAGUACAUGUGAGACCUGAGAUUCUACUUGUAAAAAUAUCCAGAAGGGAGAGAUGGAAUAUUGAAUUAGAGGGAUAAGGAAGUAAUCCUGUUAGUUAGAACAUGGAGUAUUUGUAUGGAAGUUAUAUGAAAAAAGACUGGAGAAAGGUGAUUGGAACCAGAUCAUAGAGAGCCUUGAAUGCUUUGCUAAGGAGUUAAUAUUUUUCAUGGAAACAGUAGGGAGCCAGUGGGGGGUUUUUUGUGCAAGUAAAUGAUAUAACUAGACAGUGCCUUAGGAAAACUAUUUUGGCGGCUGCGUGUAAAAGAACUUUCAAAGGGAGAGAUGAGAAGCAGAAAGGACAAUUAGGUAGCAAAUUACAAAAGUUCAGGUAAUUGGAAAGGGUCCAAACUAAAUUUGUGACUGUAUGGGGAAAGGACUGACUCCAAGAUGUCAAAUGUGAGUAAUCAUCAAGGGAGUCAGAGAAAGAGAAGAAAGAAAGGGGUAGCUAGGUAAUGCAGUGGAGAGAGCACCAGCCCUAAAGUCAGGAGAACCUAAGUUCAAAUCCAGCCUCAGAUACUUAGCACUUCCUAACUGUCUGACUCUGGACGAGUCACUUAAUCCCAAUUGCCUCAGCCAAAAAAAAAAAAAAAGAUAAGAGGAAAGAAACAGGGACCCAAGAUAAACUCUUGAGACUCAGCCAUAAUUAAGGAGUAAAAUCUGUGGAGUAGGAGGAGAAAUAGAAGAGAAGUAUCAUGGAAUCCAAGGGAAAGGGGAGCAUCUAGAACAAAAGAGAUUUGAUACUUUCCAAAAAAAAAGUCGUAAAGAGAUGAAAGAAGUUGAGGACAAAAGUCACUUCCAGAUUUAGAAGAGGAGAUCAUUAGUAAUCACUGGGAGAGCUGUUUUGGUAAAGUGGCAGAGUUAAAAGCCAGAAGGAUUUCAAGAGGCUAAAGAACUAUUGGAUAGUGAGGAUGAGGAGCCAGAGAAUCUGAUGAUUCUUUCUUGGAAUAUGGCAAUGAAAGAAAG